AUGCCUGUCUCACCCUCUUCGGCUCGUCCGCCUCCCCUCUCGUCUGAGCGUCGGAAUUGGAGGAGGUUAUCAGGCUUAUCUGUCGUCUCACCGAUCCACGAGCGCCCGACCCCGGAAAAUGGCCAGCCCUCCGCGAUCACCGAGGAGAUCAGCGAAAUUAAGCGCUACGAAGAUUUUACAACCAUCGACUGGGUGCAAGAUGCGGUUCAUGAACAGGCACGUCGGAGAGCCAAGCGACGAGAUGGAUCUGGGUUUUGGGACCAGGAAGAGACCUUUGGUUGGAGACGCAAAGUGCGCGAAUCCUACGAUGCUGGUCAGGCGUGGCUGGUUAUUACAAUUGUGGGGGCGGCCAUUGGGUUGAUCUCAGCGAUUCUGAACAUCAUCACAGAGUGGCUGUCUGACGUCAAGCUGGGGCAUUGUACGACUGCGUUUUAUCUCAAUGAACAGUUUUGUUGUUGGGGUGCUGAAGGAGGGUGUCCGGAGUGGAGGCCUUGGACCUCUUACUGGAUCGUGAACUACUUCAUCUACAUCUUUUACGCUGUACUAUUUGCGUUCGUCGCCGCAAGCCUCGUCAAAUCGUUCGCGCCGUAUGCCGCAGGUUCCGGCAUUUCCGAGAUAAAGUGUAUAAUUGCGGGGUUUGUGAUGAAGGGAUUCUUGGGCGCAUGGACAUUGCUGAUCAAGUCGAUCGCACUACCGCUGGCCAUUGCAUCUGGUCUGUCCGUGGGGAAAGAGGGUCCGAGUGUGCACUUCGCUGUGUGUACGGGGAACGUGAUAUCGCGGUUCUUCAGCAAAUACAAGCAGAACGCAUCCAAGACGAGGGAGGUCUUGACGGCAACAGCAGCGGCCGGAGUGGCAGUUGCAUUUGGCAGUCCCAUUGGUGGGGUGCUCUUUUCUCUCGAGGAAGUGGCAUCGUACUUCCCCCUCAAGACUUUAUGGCGCAGUUACUUUUGUGCCUUGGUUGCGACUGGUGUGCUGGCGGUUAUGAAUCCAUUCCGGACAGGGCAACUAGUCAUGUUCCAGGUGCAAUAUGACCGUACCUGGCACUUCUUCGAACUGAUAUUCUUCGUCUUAAUUGGUGUCUUUGGUGGCUUGUACGGUGCCUUUGUGAUCAAGUGGAACCUUCGGGUGCAAGCGUUCAGGAAGAAGUACCUGUCGCAGCAUGCCAUCAUGGAAUCAGUUGUCCUAGCCGGAAUCACGGCCAUUCUAUGCUACCCGAAUAUGUUCCUGAAGAUCAACAUGACGGAGAUGAUGGAGAUCCUUUUCCGGGAAUGCGAGGGAGGGCACGACUAUAACGGCCUGUGCGAGUAAGUGGCAUCAUUCGGUUGGCGCAACACGUACUCACCUAUUAUAGGGCUAAGAACCGCUGGUCUAUGGUGAUGUCGCUGGCCGUAGCUACCAUUCUUCGCAUCUUCUUGGUCAUCAUCUCAUAUGGCUGCAAGGUCCCAGCUGGUAUCUUCGUGCCGUCAAUGGCAAUCGGGGCGUCCUUUGGCCGGUUCGUCGGUAUCCUCGUGCAGGCGUUGCACGAAGCGUAUCCGAAGUCUCAAUUCUUUGCGUCCUGCGAGCCGGAUAUUCCAUGCAUUACACCAGGAACAUAUGCUUUCCUGGGGGCGGGCGCGGCUCUGAGUGGUAUCAUGCAUUUGACGAUCUCUGUGACGGUCAUCAUGUUCGAGUUGACGGGUGCUCUGAACUACAUUCUUCCAACAAUGAUCGUCGUCGGCGUCACCAAAGCCGUCAGCGACUGCUUCGGCAAGGGCGGCAUCGCCGACCGCAUGAUCUGGUCCAACGGAUUCCCAUUCCUCGACAAUAAAGAAGACCACGUCUUCAACGUGCCGGUCUCGCAAGCCAUGACAUCGGACCCAGUCUCACUGCCCGCAUCCGACUUUCCCGUCCGCGAAGCCGAGCACCUACUAAGCGACAACAAAUACCAAGGCUUCCCGAUCGUUGACGACCGGACCCGGAAGACACUCGUCGGAUACAUCGGCCGCACGGAGCUGCGAUAUGCAAUCAACCGCGCCAAAGCCGAGGGACCGCUAUCGCCGACAGCAAAAUGCCUAUUCACUAAAGAAGCAGCCGAGGCAUCAGUAACACGCAGGGCAUCGACAGCAUCACAUCUCCACGUGCCGGAGACCUUCGACGACAUCCAGACGAACACAGGGGCCGACUACGUCGAUUUUAGCCGGUACGCGGACCACACGCCGCUGACAGUACAUCCUCGUCUCGCCCUGGAGACGGUAAUGGAGAUCUUCAAGAAGAUGGGACCGCGCGUCAUCCUGGUCGAGCAUCGCGGUCGUCUGAUGGGCCUGGUCACCGUCAAGGACUGCCUGAAGUACCAGUUCAAGGUUGAAGCCGAGGAACAGGCGCUGGCGGCGACUAGUCCGCCCCAACUAGCUCUGGGGGGAGGGGGCGGACGGAGUGGUGGUGACACGUUAGAAGAGCGGCUGUGGAACCUCCUCCAGCGCAUCGGGUCUUUACUGCCGUGGCAGAGGCCACCACCACAGCAGCAGCAGCAGCAACAACAACGACAACAACAACAAUCCAGACGACGAGACACCACAGCUCCAGAGCAUCAUAGAGAUGCAGAGACCACAGCCAACGAAGCAGACGAGGAAGACGCAAUGCUGGAGUUAGAAGAGCGCUAA